UUUACUCCACAUUUGGUAACUUUUGCAGGAAUUGUCUUCAAUUAUUAACUGCUUCUGAUCGGAGCUCGUCGCUCUGCUUUGUCGUACAUUAUUUGAAUCCUGGACACGAUGUGUGUGAGACAUCUUGCGUUUGUGCUUCUGAUUUGGUUUCCAGCCGUGCUACAUGCACAAAAGGCAGAACAACCGUGUCCUGCUCCUCAACUGGAUCAUGGUUAUUUAGUGCUUGAGAAAGAAAAUCAGCUCACCUACGCAUGUGAUGAGGGAUACAAACCAACAGCAGAGGGCUGGUGGGCAACAAGCACCUGUGAAAAUGGCCAGUGGUCUCCUAAACCACAGUGUAUCGAAGAAAAAUCCUGUCUUCCACCAACUAUCAUCAAUGGAAAUUACUUCGAAAACCCAAAUGGUUGGUAUGCAGAGCACCGCACCAUUACGAUAAAGUGUGAUGACGGAUAUGAACUCAAAGGCCAGCCUGAAAGAAUCAGAUGUAUAAAUGGAACAUGGCCCCCCUUGCCUGUUUGUGAGAAAAGUCCCAAUGCUUGCGAUGGGCCUCCUCAAAUCCCUCAUGCAGUCAUCAUUAAACAGGGAUACCAGGAGGUGUUUGUUGAAAAUUCCAAAGUGGUGUAUGAAUGUGAAAGCGGAUAUACAACCGACGGAAUAGCAACUGAAACAUCUGUCCUUUGCUCCUCUGGAAACUGGACUGGAAUCCCAUCAUGCCAUGUCUACUGUCUCAUUGAUCCUGCCAACUAUAAUCAAGACAAUUAUCAAGUAACCAAAGUUCAAUAUUUGAAGGAAGGAGAGAAGAAGAAAAUCCGGUGUCCUUACUGGCCAGGCGCCUUCUCCAAUUUUAGAUGCACUAAUGGAAGAAUAGCUCAUACACAAUGUUGUGAGGAAUAUUACAUUGAUCAAGGAAGGUGCUUUUAGAGGAGCAGAGGAACUGCUGCCUUUUGGUUCUCUCACCACCGACUGACAACAAGUUGGAAAUUUUUGAAAUGUUUGAAGCAGAAAACAACAUAAAUCUGAAUAAAACGUUUCAACGGUGA